UUCUCCCUUUGAACUUCUCUCCAUAAAGUCUCCUCUUGAGGACAACCUGUGUUCACACUCAAUGGCCUUUCAGGAGCUCCUGGAUCAAGUUGGUGGCCUGGGGAAAUUCCAGAUCCUUCAGAUGGUUUUAAUUCUUCCCUCUUUUAUGAUGAUAAUAUGUCAAAUAUUGUUGGAGAACUUCACUGCAGUCAUUCCUAGUCAUCGCUGCUGGGUGCACAUCCUUGACAAUGACACAGUUUCUGAUAAUGAUACUGGGAUCCUUAGCCCUGAUGUCCUCCUGAGAAUCUCCAUCCCACUGGACUCAGACUUGAGGCCGGAGAACUGUCACCGCUUUAUCCAUCCCCAGUGGCAGCUUCUUCAUCUGAAGGGAACCUUCACCAACAUGACUGACCCAGACAAAGAGACUUGUCUGGAUGGCUGGGUGUAUGACCAAAGCUCCUUCCCCUCCACCAUCGUGACUGAGUGGGACCUAGUAUGUAAUUUUCAGUCACAGAAAUCAAUUGUUCAAUUCUUAUUCAUGGCUGGAAUGCUGGUGGGAGGCCUCAUAGGUGGUCAUCUUUCAGACAGGUGA